CCUCCAGGCUCCAGCCGGCAAAUACAACAGCGGAAUUGAAGGAAGCUCUGUCUCUCUGAUUUAAAGAGAGGAAAGGCAGGUGGAGCCGUAGAGGUUCACUCUUGUUCCUCUCUACUCUAGUCUAUUUUUUUCCACCUAAGAAAAUAUCAAAACCGAAUGAAUUAAUCUACUCCGGCCUCCGGCACCUCGCGAUCUCAAUCAUGCCUACCUUUACCAGUUUAAAUAUCCUACCAACAUCUAUUCUUCAGAUUUUGUGCUGUGGAGCUUCCAGUCUGCUCAUCCACUCUUCCUAAUUAUUAACUAACUCGACAGAUUCAAGUCCCCAUAUGUAUUCUAUCGAAUGGAGACUGCUCUUCAUCCUUCUCGAAAUCCUCACAAAUCUACUUCCUCUACUUCCCAUCUCUGCGUCAAUCACAGGACAUCAUUCAAAUCCUCAAUUCCCAUGUCAGCUCCGACAGCACCAAUCUUACCCCUUCUGCAACACCUCUCUUCCCAUCUCGGCAAGAGCUCAAUCUCUCGUUUCACUCCUUACCCCUUCUGAAAAGAUCCAACAACUCAGCAAUAACGCCAGCCAAAUAGAGAGACUAGGUAUUCCUGCCUAUGAGUGGUGGUCCGAAUCUCUCCAUGGGAUUGCCACCAACGGACCCGGUGUCUCCUUCAAUGGGUCGAUCCCCUCUGCCACUAGCUUCCCGCAAGUGCUUGUCAUGGCAGCAUCUUUCAAUAGAAGUCUCUGGUUUACAGUAGCAUCCGCGAUUGCUGUGGAAGCGAGAGCUAUGUACAAUGUUGGCCAAGCUGGGUUGACCUUCUGGGCACCCAAUAUCAACAUAUUCAGGGACCCCAGAUGGGGAAGGGGUCAAGAGACGCCCGGCGAAGACCCCAUGGUCGCUGCCGCUUACGCCAUUGAAUAUGUAAAGGGUUUCCAGGGGGAGAAUAAACAAGAUAGGUUUGGAGAGAAGAGGGUGUUGAAGGGCUCUGAUGAUGAAGAUGGUGAUAGUGGUAAAUUGUUGCUUUCUGCUUGUUGUAAGCACUUGACUGCUUACGAUCUGGAAAAGUGGGAGAACUUCACCAGAUAUACCUUCAAUGCUGUGAUUUCGCAGCAAGACUUGGAGGAGACAUAUCAGCCACCAUUUAGGAGCUGUGUCGAGGAAGGUAGAGCCAGCUGUUUGAUGUGUUCUUACAACGCAGUAAAUGGGGUCCCCUCUUGCGCAAGUAAGGCCCUUUUGCAGAAAGCUCGAUCGGACUGGGGAUUCAAAGGAUAUAUUACCUCGGAUUGUGAUGCCGUGGCCACAAUCUUUGAAUUUCAGCAGUAUGCGAAUAGCCCCGAAGAUGCCGUUGCAGAUGCUCUGAAAGCAGGAGUCGAUAUUAACUGCGGAACUUACAUGCUUCGAAAUACGCAAUCCGCACUUGAACAAGGAAAGAUCCGAGAAGAGGACAUUGAUCGGGCUCUUUUCAAUCUGUUUUCAGUUCAAUUGCGUCUUGGGCUUUUCAAUGGGGACCUAUUGAAGGGACACUUGGGAAAGUUGGGACCUCAAGAUGUAUGCAGUCCAGAACACAGGAAAUUGGCGCUGGAAGCAGCAAAGCAGGGAGUUGUACUCUUGAAGAAUGACAAGAAAUUCCUGCCACUUAAAAAGAACCGUUUUGCAUCUUUAGCUGUUAUUGGUCCGACUGCAAAUGAUUCCAUUAACCUCGGGGGCGGGUAUUCAGGCGUUCCCUGCAAUCCAACAAGCUUUGUUGAGGGAUUUAAAGCAUACACACAGAAGAUAUCCUAUGCUGCCGGUUGCCUUGACAUACCAUGCGAUUCUGAUAGUGGGUUUACUGCAGCCAUUCAUCUUGCCAGAAAAGCUGAUGUUGCCAUUGUGGUUGCUGGGCUGGAUUCAUCUCAAGAAACUGAAGACCUGGACCGGGUGAGCCUUCUUUUGCCUGGCAAACAGAUGGAUCUAAUAUCAGUCAUUGUCCAAGCAAGUAAGAGACCGGUGGUUCUGAUCCUUAUGGGUGGAGGGCCGAUUGAUGUUUCCUUUGCCAAAAAUGACCCACGGAUUGCAAGCAUUCUUUGGGUUGGAUACCCUGGUGAGACUGGUGGGCAAGCACUUGCAGAAGUUAUCUUCGGGAAAUUCAAUCCAGGUGGGAAGCUGCCUAUGACUUGGUAUCCUGAGUCAUUUACCAAUGUGCCAAUGAAUGAUAUGAGAAUGCGACCUGAUCCUUCAAGUGGUUACCCUGGACGUACUUAUCGAUUUUACACCGGCAAUACAGUAUAUGAAUUUGGACAUGGCUUGAGCUAUACCAACUAUACGUACAACUUCUUAUCAGUGCCAACGAAAUUAAGUUUGUUGGCCUCUUCUGUUGUGGUGGGUUCUAACAACAACAUGCCACACGAGAGAGCAGAUGGGCUUGAUUCUAUUCGGAUUGAUGAGGUGGCAACAUGCGAUGCAUUAAAAUUUUAUGCACACAUCUCCGUAAUCAACAAUGGGGAUAUGGAUGGAAGCCACGUUGUGAUGUUGUUCUCAAGAGUACCUGCAACUUUUACAGGGGCUCCACAGAAACAGCUGAUUGGAUUCGACCGUGUGCAUACCGUAACCCACAGAGCUACUGAAACCAGCAUCCUGGUGGACCCAUGCAAACAUCUUAGUGUUGUGAAUGAACAGGGAACAAGAGUUUUGCCCUUGGGUGCUCAUACUCUAAUGUUGGAAGGAUUAGAGCAUUCAGUUUCAAUUGAAAUUUAAUAAAGAUCAUAUAAUAUUUCAAUGAAAGUUGCAGCCUGCAGUA